AUGGCGCAACCUGCAAACGCAGCUGCCUCAAGAAGGCAGUGGGCCACGCGGCUCCAGACCACUCUCAACGCAGAGCGCGCGCAGGAGCAGCAGAAGCAUGAGCAGCAAGACUACCAGCAGCAGCAGCAGCAGCAGCAGCAAGAGGGAAGGCGGGGGGCACGCGGGCGAUCGCCCAGCCUUCGCCGCAUCGGCGAACUCUUUAAGAAAUUUAUCGGACCUUCAGAAAGCCACCAAAGGGCUGACACCCACCCCAGCCACAGCAGCAACGCAGCAGCAGCAGCAGCAGCAGCAGCAGCAGCGCCAGAACCUGGCGCUGCACGCCCAAGAAGCCGAUCCCUCUCAGUAGAGCAAUUCCUUAGACGGCUGCUGCCUUCUCCUGCAGCAGCAAAACCGCGGCGGCCAGAGACGGCGCAGUGUGCUGCUGCUGCCGCUGCUGCUGCUGCUGCAGCGGCGGCUGCAGCAGCAGUGCAGUGUGCACAAGAGGAGAAACGCGAGCCUCUUCGGCCCACAGAGGAGCAGCAGACUCAGAUGCCACAUGUAGAACGAUCACAGGAGCAGCAGGAAGAGCAGCAGCAACAGCAGCAGCAGCAGCAGCAGCACAACCCACUGCGUGGCAGGGCGCAGCAGCGCCACAUGCAGGGCAGCAAACCGACCCGCAGCGGCUGCAGCAGGAAUGCACCAGAAACUGGAGCUGCUGCUGCAGCGGCCGUUGCUGCAGCCGCUGCUGCUGCAGCAGCUGCAGCAGCUGCUGGUGCAGCUGGCGCUGGCUCGCAUGAAGGCGCCAGUGUGAAGCCCCCUAGCUACAGAGCGAGUGCAGCAGCAGCAGCGGCUGCUGCUGCUGCUGCUGCUGCAGCGCCUGCAGCAAGCAGCAGCCGAGCACCCACGCAACAGCAAGACAGGCAACGUCGUGCGCCUUCGACUCCGCUGUUGGGGGCGCGCUGCAGCAGCAGCAGCAGCAGAAGGCAGCAGCGUCCUCCUUGUCCCCCUCAGCAGCAUUCGUUUGCUGCUGAGGAGCCGCAGAGCAGCAGCAGCAGCAGUAGCAGCAGCAGAGACAGCUGGCCUGAAUCGGAAGACUGCGGCUGCGGCAGAGCCGGCGCAGCAGACGGCGCGGGCGCAACAGCAACUGGCAGCAGCAGCAGCAGCAGCAGCAGCCCCCGCUGCGCUGCAGCAGCAGAAGAGGUUCUGGUGGUCGAAAGAAGAACGACCCAGAUCACCACCAUUACCACCACCAUCACUGCGCAGCCAGAAGCAGGCAGCAGUAGCAGCAGCACAGUCUUCCGCAGCAGCGAGGAGUGCACGGUGGACGAGCUGCAGCAGCAGUGGAGCUUCUGCAGCAACAACGGCAGCAGCAGCAGCAGCAGCGCGAACGCAAACAGCAGCAGCAGCAGCAGCGGCUGCUGCCCGAACGCUGCAGCAGAGCCGCCUCAGGACGUACACCAACAUACGCCCGGCUUCGUGGAAGAGAUCGACUCCUGCGAAGCGGAGCACCAGCAGCAGCAGCAGCAGCAGCAGCAAAGCAAGGAGGCUAGGGCCUGGCUUUCAGAAAGCCCUGCUGCCAGCACAACAGCUUCUGUGCAGUCUCCUUUUUCUCCUCCCCAAGUGAGCCCCAAGGUCCUAGCACAGAAGCAGCAGGAGCUGCAGCAGCAGCAGCAGCAGCAGCAGCAGCAGCAACAGCAGGUGCCGCCUCUACCACUGGGCCACUGCUGCCCUGCUGAAGCGGAAAGGAGACCCGCUUCUUCUACGCCAUCAUUCCAGCAGCAGCAACAGCAGCAGCAACAACUGCAGCAGCAACAGCAAAGCUUUUCUGACACUCCGCUAGAGGCAGCUCUUGAGUCUGGCCAGCAGGAGCAGCAGCAGCAGCAGCAGCAGGACGAGCAGCUUCUAUUGACAGCAGUACCGAUUGAGGCAGACAGCUUCGUUGCUGCUGCUCCUUUACCAUGGGAGUUUCCUCUGCCACCGCAGCAGCAGCUGCCCCCGCAACAGCAGCAGCUGCUGCCGCAGCAGCAGCAGCUUUUGUUUCCCCCACAGCAGCAGCUGCUGCCGCCGCAGCAGCAGCUGCUGGUUCCUCCUCCGCAGCAUCAGCUGCCGCAGCAGCAGCACCUGCUGGUCCCCCCGCAGCAGCAUCAGCUGUCACCGCAGCAGCUGCUGCUGCCGCCGCAGCAGCAGCAGUAUCAGCUGUCGCCGCAGCAGCAGCUGCUGGUUCCGCCGCCUCCGCAGCUGUUGCCACCGCAGCUGCUGCUGCCCCCGCCGAAGCAGCAGCAGCAGCAGCAGCCGCAGCUGCUGUUCCCGCAGCAGCCGCAGCAGGAGCUGCAGCAGCCGCAGUUGCAGGAAGGAUUGACUCAGCCUCUGUGUUCUGCGUUUCCCUUACUACCGCAGCAGCAGCCGCAGCAGCAGCAGCAACAGCAGGCUUGCCAGCUUCCGCAUGAAAUUCAAAAAGAGGUGCCGCAGCAGCAGCAGAAGGGAAACCAGCAGCUUCUCAUGUCGACUGAAACGCUGCAGCAGCAACUACAGGAGCAGCAGAAGCUGCUCAAGUACCAGCAGGAGCUUUUAGAGGCGCAGCAGCAGCAACUGUGGCAGCAGCAGCAACAGCAGCUGCUGCUGCAGCGGCAGCAGCUCAAGGCCCCCCGUGUCCGCCCCUUCUCAUAUAAUGUCUCUGCUGCUCCCCCGGGCAUAUUUGCGGGGCCCCCCGACCCGCUGCUGGUGACCAUUCGCCCGGGGGCUACGCGCCGAGCUGCUGCUGCUGCUGCUUCUGCUGCUGCAUCAGCCGCUGCAGAAGAAGCAGCGCCAAAGGAUCAAUCAGCCGCGUACCAAAUCAGCUUUUCUGCGGCAGAAGACCAGCAGCAGCAGCCAGAGCCGCAGCAGUCGCAGCAGCCGCAGCAACAGCAGUCGCAGCAGCCGCAGCAGCAGCAGCAGCCAAAGCAGCAGCAGCCAAAGCAGCAGCAGAAGCUGGUGCCCUGCGUUGCUGGCCGCCGGGGGGGCUCUCGCACGCCCAAGCGGGUGAGCUGGGCAGAGAGCGCAGCAGCAACAGCAGCAGCAGAAGAAGUGGACGAGUUGCCGGGUUUUGCUGCAGCAUCUGCUGCUGCUGCCUCUGCCUUUACCCUUGCAGAGCAGCAGCAGCAGCAGCAGCAGCAAAAGAGAGAAGUGUUGCUGUCGCCGUCCUCAGGAAGCACAACAGGAACACCACCAACUGCCUUCGACAGCAGCCCCAGUGCUGCUACUAUCAGCACUGACGGUGUUUCUCUGAGCUACUAA